AUGGCUCUAUUGGAAGGUGCCAACGCUGAUUGCUGUAACCAAGAGCCAGCGCUACACUUGCAGCGGCCGGCAACGGUAUUGUGCCAUUGCGAACCGCGAAAACCGGCAAGUGGAGACAACAAGAACAGCCCGGGACCGAAGACGCUUUCCCCGGCCACCGGCGAUUCAAUAGUUGAGGUGGAGAACACGAUAAGCCCCCCCGCCAAAUUUUGCAACCCACGGAGACAUUUUGGAGUCCGCGGGCAAGGGUCGCGGGGAUCUGUCGCAUCCUUCGAGAAAACACCAUUGCCAACCUAA